CGUCGAUGCACCCAACGUCAAAAACAACAACGCCGCCGAGCAUGAUGCUUGCGUCGUCGACGACAAGCGACGAGACGAAGGCACAGUCGGCGCUCGAGAAGAAGCGGCUCUACAACAAGCACCGGAAUCGUGCAUUCCGGCGGCUGGAAGCCGAAGAAAAGACGCACUUGACGCACGAAAUCGAGCAACUGGAGGCUAGAAUUGUGCACUUGCGGCACACGAAGCCCGCGAGCGCGCUUACGUGGCGUGAUAUCGCCACGGUCUUUGUCGCCGAGCUUAGCGAAAGCCAAGCGCAGGCUUCGGCCCUCCGCGUCCGCGUCAAGCGCUACGUCGCCACGCGCAAGGCUCUAGAAAAGUGGCUGCAGCAUGCUACGCCGACGGGCGCUACAACACUGCUCGCCCACAACGAGGCGCGCCAGAUUGCGUACGACUGGAUUGGCCAGCGGCUCUGGCACAACGUCCCAGCAGUGCUGUCGAGCGUGGACGCACUACCAAGCAGCGACGGCCGCCACACGGUCGUCAAGCCGGUGGGGGACUCGUACCAAAUGACCACGUGGAGCGACCGCGUCGAGCGCAUGCCGCUGCACGACGUCGCCAAGGGCCUCUACGCCGUUCAUUUCCAAGCCGACGGCGCUGCGAUUCUGGACACGCCGGGCACCGACAUGGUGUACCUGCGCUUGCCCUCGACGUUUGGCGCACUCCGAGCGCAGCCGUUUGACGAAAAUGUCCUCGUGUGCCAAUGGGCCAUCGACGACGCGCGCUACGUGGUGUGUGCGCAGAGCGUUGUGAGCGACGAGCUGCACCAGUCCAGUCCGCUCACGCAACAGUGGACGAGCUGGACGAUCGCGGACCGCGUGGAUGCGCACUCGACUCGUGUCGUGCACUGUCGGAUCAUGGGCGGGUUGAGGCAAGGUGACGGCACACAGAUGCCAUUUACGCUCGAGGAACCAAACAUUGCCGAUGGAGACCCAAGUCAGCGGUGGCAGUUUUUGGUGCACGCAAGAGUGGACUACGCGCUGCACCUCGAGGCGCAUCAAGGCGCGCUGCUCCAGCGCGCACUGGCCCGCAGUGGCUAGCACGCACUGGCCCGCAGUGGCUAGCACGCACUUGAAAGUAAC